GGGAGAGCGCCUCUCCGGCGAAGAUGGCGGCGGGUUCCAGGAGCAAGAGGCAUUUAGAAGAGGCGUGUGAAGAAGGCGGCUCAGCAGACGCGAAAAGACGAUGCUCUGUGACCUGCAGGUGCUCCUCCUCUCAGGCACAUUCUCUCAGCAGUGGAAGAGCAGCUUCUCCAGGCACUUUCCUGAGCAGCAGUGAAUGCCUGGAUAAUGACUUGGAUGAUGCCAUCCUGGCUCGUUCUGAUGAGGAAAAGCCAGAUUCUCCCACCGGACUCUCUCGUGAAGCUGAGGAUGAGCUCAUAGCAGAGGAUCUGGAAACCUCCCCAUGUUUUGUAGCAGUGGAAGUAACUAGAUAUGAGGAUGUGAAGAGUGGUAGCCUUUUAGCUUGUCCUGAAUCUGCACAGCCUCUGAGGGCUCUGGAUGAGGUUGAAAGCACAAAACCUCUUCCUCAGGCCAGUUCUUCAGCCAGCUCAAGUGAGGGGGCUGUUUUCACGAAUGAUUUGGAGAAGUCCUUGAAUAAGAGCUCUCAAAAUCAAGUAGAGUUUGGUGCAAAUUACAAUAGUCUUAGGAUUCCAGAAGCUGGUUCAGACGUAACAGCUUCUUUGAAUCUGGAGAGAGGUCUGUCUGGAAAAAUAGAUAACGAAGCAAUAAAGACGGAGACCAAUGAUUUGCCAGUAGGAAGCCAACUAGUGGCUGAACAGGAAUCAUUUGGUGCAGUGGCUGAACAGUCCUCAGGGAGAGAGACUUCCUUAAGUUACAAGCAGCUAAGAGGCACGAAUUCAAGCAACCCUCUACCUGACUUGCAUGCAGUAUUCACUCAUGUCAAUGGCCAAAGAAAGGAUUGUGUGGAAGUUCCUGAUGUUAAAAAAACAAAUAGGCAGGAAGUGUCUAAAGAAGCAAAGAGGAAGCUACAACCUUCAAUUUGUCAACCCCUGAGCAGUACGGAAGACUCCAUUUUGUGUGUGGAAUCAAGUUUUGCAAAGCCUAAACGGAUAUUAAUUCAAGAAGCCGACCUUGAGUCAAGAAAAGCAAGAUAUGUCAAUGCUGUACUUAACCAUGCUAGCUCGGUCCCAUCACUCAUAGGCCCCGUCCAUGAGUUGCACACGCUGGUAGAUACAGUCGCAUCUGAAUCCAGUUACAACCACCCAACAGACUUGACCGUAAGGAACUACACCAAACGGAGUCACAGCAAAACUCAGAGGUUCAGUCUCAGCCAGUGGGUUGAGCAUAGCAGGCGCAACUUCGGUCGGUUUGAUGGCAUUCCUGAUCACUUUGAGCGCAGCCCCAUCCUAAGUUAGAGGAGAUUUUAUCCAAAGUUGUCCUUUAAAUGUUUAGGUACCAGUAGUUCGAUUUAAUUAGUGUUUGUGCAUGUUUACCAUUAAUAUAAAGGCCAGUUUAAUGUAUUUGU